CCACUAUGUACAUAUAUCAUGUCUAGUUAUAAAAGAAAGUUUUUGAUGUAAAUAUCAAGUAUUUGAUAUACAUGUUCUCGAUCAGUCGGUCAAAGAAAGUCGCUUUUAUUAUUUGAUAAAAGGAUUAUCCGUGAAGUUAGUAAAAGUACAAUAAUUAUGUCGAACAAAAUAAAUCUUUUCGUCCUUGUUGCGGUAUUCAUUGCGUUGGUUUUACGUUCGGAUCAAGUUUUUGGCGGUGCUACGGAAGAGCAAAUGAUAGCUGCUGGAAAGCUGAUGCGUGAUGUCUGUUUACCAAAAUUCAAUAAAAUAACACCAGAAGUAGCAGAUGGCAUCAAAGAAGGUAAAGUUCCAGACACGAAGGACGUGAAAUGUUAUAUUAAUUGUGUAAUGGAAAUGAUGCAGACGAUGAAGAAAGGGAAGUUUCUUUAUGAAAGCUCACUGAAACAAGUUGAUUUGCUGAUGCCAGACAGUUACAAGGAUGAGUAUCGCAACGGUCUAGGGAAAUGCAAAGAUGCAGCAGUUGGAAUAAAGAACAAUUGUGACGCCUCAUAUGCCCUACUAAUUUGUAUGCGCGACAAUAUAACAAAGUUUGUUUUUCCAUAAAGUAAUAUUGCGAAGCUUUUUACUGUAAGACACCGCAAUUCUACACAAUUACAAACACAUAUAAAUAAAA